GGUAUUUGCCAUUAGUGAGCACAUCUUAAGCGAGGGGGGUCUCUGCGAAGAGGCUACGCUAGAGCCACAUAAACACAUUCACAGAUGUAUCUCCAUGCGUUCUGACAGCCGGACUCAGCCACAGCCGUGACACUGAACGUAGAGGAAGAAAUCAAGGGUCGGACGGAGAGCGACCACCAAGCAAAUAACCACACCAUUACUGCGGGGUCUUGCCAACAUCCCUCUCCCUCGGAUCGUGGGCUUGAGUGGACAGGAGAGAGAAGAAAGGGGGGUAAAUCUACCGGCUCGAUCGUCCUCCAGGCUUUUAAUUACGGUCCAUGUUUCCACUCUGAUCCUAAAGCUCAAUCCAGAAGCUACAGCACAAACAGAAAAAGAAACACGCGACUUGAUUGAAAACAAAGAGCAGCAGAGGAGAUAAAGAAAUAAAGAGAGACAAAGAGUAAAAGAAGGAACAGGGAUUUUUUUGAUGAAUGAAGCAUCAGUCAGCAUGUGGUGGAAAUAGCUGCAGCUACAUAAGCCGCCUGCUGAGGACGUGACAACCCACGUGGUCUGGAUGCCAGCAGCUGCCUCUCGGAGCCCCAGACGCCCACUGGCAAUCUGAGAAACGGCCUCCGUUUCUGUGCUCCAGACCCCCUCCGGUCCGCGAGGGACUAGUGAGGAUUAUUGAGUCUUGGGAUUAGUGAAGUGUUCACUUUGGCCGUGGGAGAAAGGGCAAACUAUUACUCGUACGUUGGCUACAUCAGAGCAUGAGGUGCUCUGGGAGCCGGCAGCGUGGUGGAUGACCUCCAGGAUGCGGCCGUCCCAGGUGGACCUUACGCUUGUGCCCAUCCGCUGUUUCUGAGGAGAUCCAGAUCGUAUUGUAAUGACCACGCAUAGAACCAGCCCUGGAGAUGCCGAAGAGAAGAGAUAUUCUUGCCAUCGUGUUGAUUGUGUUACCGUGGACCCUUCUCAUCACUGUGUGGCACCAAAGUGCGAUUGCCCCCCUGCUUGCCAUCCGAAAGGUCUGUCACCAUCUAGUAAAAGAGAUCUUAAUCAUACCAGAGCGACUAACCAUCCACCGACAGCGGCUAGCAGAUGAUGGGACGGAGGCCAGACACGAGGCCGGUCCGGCCACAGACUCGAAGGAAUACUGCUCACAAGACAAGGACAUAGUUGAGGUGGUCCGUACGGAAUAUGUGUACACACGACCCCCACCCUGGUCAGAUGUAUUGCCCACCAUCCACGUCAUUACCCCGACAUACAGCCGCCCGGUGCAGAAGGCUGAGCUAACGCGACUGGCAAACACUUUCCUCCAUGUGCCCAACCUACACUGGAUCCUAGUGGAGGACUCUCAAAGGAGAACCCCUUUAGUUACGCGGUUGCUGAGGGAGACGGGACUUAACUACACGCACCUCAACGUGGAGACCCCGAGGAACUAUAAGCUGCGGGGGGACACGAGAGAUCCCAGGAUUCCUCGAGGAACCAUGCAGAGGAACCUGGCUCUGAGAUGGCUCCGGGAGACAUUCAGCUCCAACAGCAGCCAGGCGGGAAUCGUCUACUUUGCGGAUGAUGAUAAUACGUACAGUUUGGAGCUCUUUGAGGAGAUGCGCUCGACCCGUAAGGUAUCAGUCUGGCCCGUAGCCUUUGUUGGAGGUUUACGGUACGAGUCUCCAAAGGUCAAUGCAGCAGGGAAAGUCUAUGGCUGGAAAACGGUUUUUGACCCUCACCGACCCUUUGCCAUUGACAUGGCAGGUUUUGCCAUCAACCUGCGGCUCAUUCUCUUAAAGCCUCAGGCCUACUUCAAGUUGAGGGGGGUGAAGGGGGGCUACCAGGAGAGCAGCUUGCUCAGAGAGCUGGUCACUCUCAAUGACCUGGAACCAAAAGCUGCCAACUGCACUAAGAUUCUUGUGUGGCACACCCGGACGGAGAAACCUGUACUGGUAAACGAGGGAAAGAAAGGCUUCACAGACCCUAAUGUGGAGAUCUGACAUCUGCUUCGUCAACGAGAUGGUUACUGCAAGACCCAAAGCGGAUGUCAGAGCGUCUUUACCACCUUGAACAGUUAGGAAGGCUUCUCCUGUAAACCACAAUUUAACAAGCUCAUAUGGACCUCAUCUAAAGCACAGAUUCGUUUUUUUUAAGCCAACAUGAUCAGUAUUUUAUCAGAACAAACGUCAGGGCCAGGUGGUGCGAGACACAUACAGACCGAAUGGAAAUAGUGGAAUAUAUUGAUAGUGUUAGAAAUCUGAGAACGGGAUCUUCCUCCAUCCAGGAGAACUCUGCAUCAGGAAGAGCUGUGAAUAAUGGUGACGCCAGUCUCGUGAACAGGUUUAACAGGCUGAGCCGGCACUUGACACGGUGUCAACAGUGAACGUUGAUCCGUUUAAGAGACGUUUACGUUCCUUUACGUCUACAAGACUGAUAUUUGAACACAAAGAAGGGAAUGUCUUCUUUUUACAUGUGUAUUUUUAAGUUUAUGUUUUGUUGUUUACAUUUACACUGUCUUGCUAGCACAGCACUACUGAUCUUCAGAUUUUUGCCUCAAAGUCAAAUUCAGCUUCACUCGGCAGUAAUAAACCAUUAUACCAUUUACCAGGGCUGGCUGCUAUACUGGACUUAGAUAUCACAAAGUUGUAACGUUUGUCUAAGACCUUAAUGAUAUGAAUAGCACUUGAACUUUGUCCUGUGUUCCUGUGGGGACACGCAUUGUAAAUAUAACUUAAAGAUGAACAAUCAUAGACUUCAAAGUAAAGUGAUCUAGCAUUCAACUGAACAAGCAAUGUAACUACUGUAUUUGUACCUAAGUGUAAAGUAUGAAACAAACAUCAUUUACCACAACAUCCGCAUAUAACACAUUAAACUUUGCACUUACGUUAACACCAAAGGAGAAGGUGGAGAAGGGUUUGGUAUUUCAGAAUGAGGGUAUUUUCACAAGUACAUUCAGUAUUAAAUGGGUUCGCCUUAGAGAGCUGCUCAGAGCUCGCCUCAGUAAAUAUUCAGCUGAAGAAUACAUCAAACCCAAGCUGUGGGCUUUAAAUCUGCAGAGGGUCGUACAGAGAUGUUGCUUUGCUAAUAAAGCUAACAUUGAGACUGUCAGAACACAUAAUGUCUGGUUUCAUAAAACAGCUAUUUUCCUAUAUCAAAAAUGAAGAGGCCGCAUAUGCAUAUUCUGGGUAUCUUGUGGAACAUCACUAAAACUGCAUGGGCAAAAAUAUUAAACUGUGGUAGUUUGGUUAUAAAUCUGGCCUGAAAGCCUGGCUUCAUUGGGUUGUGAAUGGGGAAAGUUCACCCAAAAAGGAAAUUUGUUUAAUCAUUUACUAAUCCACAUGUCAUUACAAACCAGUAUAACUUUCUUCUGUAGAGCACAAAAGAAGAUAUUUGGAAGAAUGUAGGUUACCAAACAACAUUGCCCCCCCUUUUGUGUCCAUACAAUAUCUUUUGUGUUUCAUAUACAGGAGUCAUAAACAGGUUUUUAACAACGUGAGGAUGAAUAAAUGAUGACAGAUUUUUUUAUUUUGGGUGAACUAUCUCUUUAGCGUUUUGAGACUUAAAGCAGCAAGUCAUUAGUCCUCUCUGCAGCCAACUAUACUCAACAUACUGUAAACACUGUAUGACAAUGUCAUGGAAAGUAUACAGAGAAUCCCUAAUCCUGAGCACACAACAGACAGAAAGAAUAAAUGAACAAACGAAAGGAAUAAGAGAACAGACAGCCCUUCAGCUGUUUCAUACAUCAGACACUUAUACUCCCACACAUUUACGGGUAGAUGUCACUUUUGCUAUAUUAAAGGCUACACAUAAGCAGCGUAUGAAACACAUGGUCAAGCACAAAUUGUUCUUUAUAGUCAGAAUUGUAUUGUGGCUUGGGUGGCUGAACAGUGAGAUUUCAAAGGGUUGGUAAUUCUUGUACUGUCACUUUAACCGCCCAUAAUUACUUCAUCAAUCAGUGGUGAGGCUUAGGGUGCAUAGCACAUGUUUAAUGGAAUAUAACUUUUCAAACUUUGAAGAUACAGCUUACUCCUUGUGGGAUGUGAUGGAUUAUUGCUUUAGGACGUUUCGGCAAAAUGACUCCUCGUUUCUUUGUCAUUUCUGAAGUUUGUGAGAAUCAAAGUCUUUUUUUGAGUGCGCACAUAACACACUGCUCUGAGCUCUUAUCUGCGGCUAACAAAGUACCACAUCCCUACUGAGUUUCAAAAGCCUCUUCAGCUCACAGGGUCCUUCUGAGCAACCACACAAUACACAUGCAGGCUAAUGAAGGACGGGAAUGGAAAGAGGGAGAGCAUCAUUAAAAUGGAAGUCUCGUGUUUGAAGCAUUUCUUUAUUUCAGGGUUUUUGUGCAAUUAGCAAGUUAUGUCCCUUAAAAGAUGAACACCAUAAAAGAUGAGGACAUUAUUGUGGUAUGACAUGUUCGCAUGUUUCUGGAGAUGAUUGUAAUAGCAUUCAUUUGAUUCAGAGAUCAUGAGGGUCAACUUCUUUGCCAGCUUGGUCUUUCAUGCAGAAAUCUCUCUGAAGUAAAUAAAUAGUUCACCUCAAAAUGAAAAUAAUAUUAUGUAUUAUUCGUCCCUGUGUUGCUCCAAACAUGUAGCUGUUGUUUUUCCUGUGAAAUACAAGCAAUCUUGGCUCAAUAUGCUGUCAAUUCACUAUUUUCUGAAAGCAAAAGAGGCAGGAUAGACAACUGAGUUUAUGAUGGCUUAAAUUUUGAUUUGUUUUUACACAGGCCUAUAACAUGCCUUCGGAAAUCUUAGUUCUCAUAAACUAGUUGUAUAAUGUACUGCUAUGAUAGUUUAAUGGGUUUUUUUUGUUUACUGACAUAAAUUGUUAUAUGGCAAGAGCAAAGCCAUUUUAGAGGGGAAACAACAGCUAGCAUAUCGUUGCUGUUUUUCCAAAACCUUGUAUGUCCAAAUUCCCUUUUUUUUAGGAAAUGAAAAAAAAACGCUGUACUUUUUAAAUGAUUAAAUACUGUGUUCUCAAAGCUGAGAAUGCAAAACCCAGUGACAAACAUUAAAGGGUGACUAAUAAUAAUGAUUUAUUAUCACAAAAUAUGGAGAUACGAGAAGGACAGCAGCAAUAUUUAGGAUGCUAAUGAAUGUUUUACCUUUAAAUCCAAUAAAAACACUAUUCACCCUUUCUUUCAUGUCCAAGUUCACAUUGAAAGCCGGCAAGUGCAUGUACACUGAAAUCAGAUGAUGUCACCUGUUAUUUUCUUGAGAGUAAUGCUGAAAUCUGCUGUUCACAUGUGAAUUUAUUGGUUUUCUGAAAAAAAGCCUUGCAAAAACAAGUCUGUUGUAACAGCUGCAUUUGUUUGUGUAGGAUGCUGUUACAAAGCCCACUUACUGUAUUGUUAAAGAAAAACCGCUGUUGUACAAGGUUUAUGUAUUUAUUCUCUAUUGAUAUAUUUAUGUAUUUAUUUACAUUACAGAGUCUUUUCUUAUGAAAGUGAACUCAGAUUUGACUGAAAUGCCUGCAUCUGUAUCUUUACAUAGACAGCACAGAUUCACUGUUGUAUUCUCAUAUUGCCUCUGAACUGGGACUUGAUUGAUGGACUGAUGCAGAAAAACAUGCAGCUUAUUAGAAAAUUGUUGACAAAAAAGUUGUUUUGUUGCUGACCUGCAGCCCAAGCCUUCAGAUACCAAGACCAUGUUUUCUGAUAUAGAGCUCAAAAACAUUAAAAACACAUGCAAAAAUCCAUGCCACACUUGUUUGGUUGUUUAUUUUUGUAAAGGUUAGCAGAUUUUCCACAUUGCCCAUGAAGUGUUUUUGCUGAAAUGAGCAGACCUGAACAGUUACCUUCAUUUUCUUUCCUACUUGCAAGACGAAACAUUCUGCAUGUUACUCUUGUAAAUGUUUUUCUUUUUGUUCAACAUAUCAUCUCAGAACGAAACAGAAAAUAAUAAAUGUCUUUAAAAAAAAGAGUGUUGUGAUUUAUUAGAUAUAUGUACACAGGGCUGGGAAGGUUACUUUUAAAAUGUAUUUCACUACAGAUUACAAAAUACAUGCUUUAAAAAGUAAUUUGUAACGUAUUUCGUUAGAUUACACAAGUUCUGUAACUUAAUCGAAAUACUUUAGAAUACUUUGGAAUACUGAUCAGGUACGUAACACAAAGGGAUCACCAAACAGAGGACUUGGUUUUCCU